AUGGACAUCUCAAAUUGGACCACAACCUUAAGCACAAUCGGCCUCGCAACCCUCUCCUACCUAAGCUACAAACUCACCCGCCAAGCAAGCAUCUACCUCCUCCCCAGCAAACUACAACGGUACAACACCUCCAACAAAAACUGGGCCCUCGUGACAGGCGCCACAGAUGGAAUAGGUUUCGGUUUCUGUCAAGAGCUGUGCUCCCGUGGUUUCAACGUUAUUCUGCACGGGCGUAAUCGCGAGAAACUCGUCCAGCGCGCGACAGAACUUAACACUGCGUUUCCGGAGCGAAAGACCGGGAUUGUGGUUCUUGAUGCUGUGGGUAUGAAUGAUGGUGUUGAUGAUAUAGCGGAGCAAGUGCGCGAUAUCAUCGGUAACGAAGGCCAGGGGCAGGGCAGAUUAAGUGUGCUGGUUAAUAAUGUCGGCGGCGAGAAGAGACCGUCUGUCACACUGGGGACAUUAAAGUAUGCGGACGUGGACGCGACGAUUGACAAGAAUGCGCGGUUUAUGGCGCAGAUUACGCGUGUUCUUCUCCCGCUUUUAUCAGAGGGUCAAGGUCGGUCUGGACUUAUCUUGAAUGUUUCAUCGCUCUCGCAAUACGGAUUGCCGUAUAUCUGUAUUUAUUCCGCGACGAAGGGAUUUGUGGACUCUUUUACAAAGGCGCUGGAGGCGGAAUGUUCUGCGGAAAGGUGUGGUGUGGAAGUGAUGGGAUUGCGGGUUGGGGAGGUGAAGUCUGCUGGGUAUGAUGUUGAGAGUACCCUAUUUGUUCCUUUGGCGCGAACGUUGGCGAAAGCGGCAUUGGAUCGGGUGGGAUGUGGCAAGGUUAUUGUGUGGGCGUAUUUUUGGCAUUGGUUGCAGGGUCUCUCGUUCGAGGUUAUGCCACGGUGGGUAUUGAUGCAUGCCACGAUCGGAAGGAUGAUGGCUAUAAAGAAGAGAGGAGAGGAGAAGGCAUUCAAGAGGCAGUGA